ACUGGAGUAGCAGUUGAUUGGCGUGGCCGCCGUCACAGUUUUCACGCAAGUGCGCUAGCACUGUCAUCCUUUUAUGAUUAAGUUGAUUUGUUUCUCAAGUACCGCCUGAUCCUCGUUUUAUUGUGACAGGUGUUAUGGAAAGCUGACACUUGUAGGAGGCUCGUAAGAUUGUAGACUAUCAGCCUACAUCGAUUUGUUUACGAGCGGCUAGUUAGCCAGUUAGCACAUCUGACAACCGACCUGAUGGCACUUUUGAGAAUGAAAUUGAUAGCGUUGUUAUUCCCUAUGUAUUAAUACGUUCAUUUAACACGUUUCUCAGUUUUCCUUACCAGAUGUGGUCGGUUCAAGCUAGUUAGAAACACGAAUUGACGUAAGAUGGAGAAGCCUCCUUUUCGACAAAAUCAGGUGUGCGGGUCUUGGCUAAUGAAGGAGAGGCUGGGAACAGGAGGAUUUGGCCAUGUCUACCUGUAUCAGAAUCAGGAAACCUCUGAAAAAACUGCUGUGAAGCUCUGUCGCCUUGAACUCAAUGCAAAAAACAAAGACAGAUGGAGUCGAGAGAUCCAGAUUAUGAAAAGGUUAAAGCACCUUAAUGUGGUGACAGCAAAGGAUGUGCCUGAGGAGAUGUUGCACAUUGCCUUGAAUGAUUUACCACUUUUAGCCAUGGAAUACUGUUCUAAGGGAGACCUGCGAAAGUUGCUAAGUAAACCCGAAAAUUGCUGUGGAUUGAAAGAGAGUGAGGUGUUGGCUUUACUCAAUGAUGUUGGUUCUGGAAUCCAAUACCUCCAUGAGAAUAAGAUAAUUCACAGAGAUCUGAAGCCAGAGAAUAUUGUGUUGCAAGAUAUCAAUGGAAAGCUUGUCCACAAAAUAAUAGACCUUGGCUAUGCCAAAGACCUGGACCAGGGGAGCCUAUGCACUUCAUUUGUGGGGACUUUACAGUAUCUGGCUCCCGAGCUGUUUGAAGGCAAGUCAUACACAGUCACUGUCGACUAUUGGAGCUUCGGCACCAUGAUCUUUGAGUGCUGCUGUGGAUUUCGGCCAUUUCUUCACAACCUCCAGCCUGUGCAGUGGACAAGCAAAGUACGAAACAAAGGUCCUAAGGACAUAAUGGCUGUGGAAGAUAUGAAUGGAGAGGUUCGAUUUUCCACCCACCUUCCAUACCCCAACAAUCUGAGCAGGACACUACUGGAGCCUUUGGAGGGGCUGCUACAGCUAAUGCUGAAGUGGGACCCAGUACAGAGGGGAGGAGGAAUGAAUCCAGACACAAAACAGCCCCAGUGCUUCUCUCUUCUUGAUCAAAUACUGUACAUGAAGGUUGUGCACAUCUUGAAUAUGACUACAACCCAGGUUCACUCAUUUCUGCUUAACCAAGAUGAAGGGUUCCAUUCCCUGCAGCAGAGAAUUGAGACUGAGACCAAAAUCGAACUUUUGAAUCAAGAACUUCUGCAGGAAACAGGAGUUAUGUUAGAUCCCAGGAAGCCUGCUGCACAAUGUGUACUCGAUGGAGUAAGAGGAUGGGACAGCUACAUCGUAUAUCUGUUUGACAAGAGCUUGACCAAGUACUCUGGACCUCAAACGUAUAGAACUCUUUCUGAGAGUGUCAACUUUAUUGUGCAGCAAACCAAAACUCAGCUUCCGCUGAGUGCCCUCAAAAAGGUUUGGGGUGAGGCAGUUAGCUACAUAUGUGGCCUCAGAGAGGACUACAGCCGCCUUUUCCAGGGCCAACGUGCAGCCAUGUUGAGCCUUCUCCGCUACAACACCAAUCUUACAAGAUACAAGAACAUGAUGUUUUCCUUUUCCCAGCAGUUGAAAGCUAAACUUGAUUUUUUUAAGAGCAGCAUCCAGUAUGAUUUGGAGAAAUACAGUGAUCAAAUGCAGUAUGGCAUAUCCUCUGAAAAGAUGCUGAAGGCUUGGCAGGACAAUGAAGAGAAAGCUGCUGCAUUUGCACAGGUGGCAGAGAUUGGUCACCUAGAUGAGGAAAUUAUGGCUUUGCACUCAGAAAUUGUUGAACUCCAGAGAAGUCCUUAUGCUCGUCGUCAAGGAGAUGUCAUGGAGCAACUGCAGGAGAGAGCAAUUGAACUCUACAGACAGAUGAAGGUAAAAUGCAAAAUGCCAGACCCCCAGCAUGGCUACAGUGACAGCUCUGACAUGGUGAAAGUCAUUGCACAGACUGUCCAGAAUCAAGACAGGGUGUUGAAGGAUCUAUAUGCACACCUCAGUAAAAUUAUUUUGAGUAAGCAGAAGAUUAUCAACCUGUUCCCUAAAAUCGAGAAGACGCUGGAGAGCAUUAAGGAGGCAGACAGCACUGUCAUGCAGAUGCAGAUCAAGAGACAGAGAGAGUUCUGGCACUUACUGAAGAUUGCCUGUGCACAAAACAUCACACGAAGCUCUGUGAGCCAGAGUGGGGAGAUGCCCUCCUCUCUGUCAACAUGGAACCAGUCUCAAGCCCAGUGUUCCUCUCGCCUACCCAUGUCACUGCAAGUGCCACACGAGGGUGAAUCAGUCAAUCAUUUACUCGAGGAGAACCAGCGCUACUUGAGCCAGCUUACAAGUUUACUGCAAGAAACAACUGAGGAGAAACCAGAAAGCAUAAUGGCUCAAGACUGGAGCUGGACCAAAUAUGAAUCCCUGGUUGCUAAAUCACAGCGUUUUUGAAGUCACUCAUGGAAUUGACACACUAUGAGAGGAAGUAACGUUCAUUAUUUUAAAUACCUGAAUUUAUCGUCAUUGGAUUGAGGUUAUGUUGACUUAUAAUUUAAUAUAUCAUUUUAAUUUAUACAUUUAAUGUAUAAUUUGUUCAUCAUAAAGUGAUUUCUUUAUCUGUGUCUGCAUUCAGUUAAAAUCACAUUUUGCAGUGUUGAAGCAACUCUGUAUUUUGAAUAUGCAUUUUUAAUUGACUCUGAAUCAACAUGAAAACAGAAUUCAGACAAUAUAGGAAUGUAUUUAUUUCCAUACUCCAUAGUUCUCUGUAUGGGCUGAUUGUACUUUCAUUUUAGUUAGUUGUUGUUGUUUUAGUUCUGCAUUCUGCACUCACUGUGAAUGUUCUGACAGUUCUAAGGUCCAACAAUGAAACUGGUCAUGUCGACUAAGUCACUUUUUUAAAUAUUAAAAAUUUGGAGACCCUAAUUAAAAGUUUAAACAGACAAAAUGAAAGAUAAUUAUGAUGAUAAAAGGUAUUUUGACAUAGGUAAACCUGUGAAAAUAUGUGUUUGGUCAGUUCAUCAGUGGGCACAUUAUGAAUGAAUUUAAAUGAACAGACAACUGUCACACAAACACAGGUGCAAUGUCAGACGUAAUCCAGUAAGGUUGGUAUAUCUGAAAUCCAUAGUUAUGUCCUCUUUGGGAUAAGGAUUUCAUCAGUUUAGCCAUGUUAUUCCCUUUUUAAGUCACAUUUUCAACUAUGUUUUUUUUUUUUUUUUGUCCAAAGUUGAUCAGCUUCACACAAGAGAGCUCACCACAAACUAAUGUACAAGAUUUUGCUUUUUUUUUUUUUUUGGCUUGCUGGAUUGCUAUCCAAGGAUAUUUCUGAUAUGCUUUAAAAAUCUUAUGAAUGAACACUUAGGUUUUAAUGUGUUUACUGUAUACAUGACUAAAAAAAUAAAUUGUAAUUAAAAUGCUGUGCAUUUAUAUCAUUUCUUUGUUGUGACAAGACUUCUAACCAGAGUAAUGAAACUGUUAUAUCACACUU